AUGGCCUUGGGGAACCACAGCACUAUCACUGAGUUCAUUCUCCUUGGACUGUCUGCAGACCCCCAUGUCCAGGCAUUAUCCUUUGUGUUCUUCCUAGCAAUUUACCUCCUGACUCUGCUGGGGAACCUGACAAUGAUGCUGGUGAUCAGAACCGAUUCUCACCUCCACACUCCCAUGUACUUCUUCCUGAGUCACCUUUCUUUCCUGGAUUUUUGCUUCUCUUCUGCCACAGUACCCAAGAUGCUGGAAAUUCUUCUGUCUCAGAAGAAAACAGUCUCUGUGGAGGCCUGUCUAGCUCAAGUCUUCUUUGUGUUUGACUUGGGGGGCACUGAAGCCUGUCUGCUCUCAGUUAUGGCCUAUGAUCGCUAUGCUGCCAUCUGCCACCCUCUGCUCUAUGGCCAGAAGAUGAGCAACCAGCUCUGUAAAGGUCUGGUGUUAGGUUCCUGGAGCCUGGGUUUUCUGGACGCAUUCAUCAACAUCCUUCUAGCUAUGGAUUUUGACUUCUGUAGGGAUCAGUUUAUCCCCUACUACAGCUGUGAGCUGCCCUCUCUCUUUCCCCUUUCCUGCUCUGAUGUCUCCACCAGUUUCACUAUUCUGCUCUGCUCUAGUCUCCUGCAUGGGCUGGGAACCUGUUUCCUAAUCAUACUGUCUUACACUCUCAUUGUUUCUACCAUCCUAAAUAUCCGCUCCUCUUCAUAUAGAAGCAAGGCCUUCUCCACCUGCUCUUCCCACCUCACUGCAGUGCUCCUAUUUUAUUGUUCAGCUUUCCUUCGCUAUAUAGUGCCAACCUUGGGCUCGCCACAGGAGUUGAUCUUCUCUGUACAGUACAGUGUGAUCACUCCCUUAAUGAAUCCCCUUAUCUAUAGCCUGAAGAACAAUGAGGUGAAAGCAGCUACGAAAAGGACCUUUAGAAAAUAUCUCCAUUGCUAG